UGAGACCAGUGCUAGCAAUUCGAUUAUUCGUUUGUGUUAAGACAUCAAUUUUCUAAAUCCGAAAAUAUGGGUUUCGAUCUCAAAUUUAUUUUCCUUCUAAGUCUCUUUGUGCUUGCCGUAAGAAGCGAGGAGGAGGCUCCGAAAUGUACAGGAAGACAAGAGUACUUCCCUAGUACUUCCGAUUGUACUAAAUACUGGCAAUGUACUCCUACUGGUCAACCAAUUUUACGUGAAUGUCCUGAUCGCCUUGUGUACGACUCAUUUCAUAAUAUGUGCAAUUAUAAAAGCGUUGCCGGUUGUAAAACGAAUUAAUCCAAAUCAAUGUAUCAAAUGCUUUUUUUGAAAAAAAUGUAUCUAUAUAAAUAAAAGUUAGCAUGCA